UCUGGGCCCGAGCCACUGACGUCAGUGUGGCAGUGCAGAGUCAGGUGGUGUUUGGUUUAAGCAGAGGGAGCUCUCCGGAUGCUGAAAACAGUCCAUGAACUCACUGCAGGCAGACAAGGAAGACCAUGUUUUGGAGUCCCUCGGCCAUCUAAAUCACAGGAAAUCUUUCAAACAUGGCAGAUGCUAAGACCUGCUGGCUUGGAGCAGCCUUGUCUCUCCCCCCUCUAUUUUUCCUAAUCUGUUGUGUUGAUGCAGCUUCAUUUCAACAUUACCAGCUGCUUCAGAAAGACCCAGACUAUAGAUUUAAAAAUUUGCAGAGGUUCCCCAACCCUGAUAUGAUCAAGGCUUUGGAGUAUUUAGAAAGUCUCAGACAGCAAGCUAAUAAAGGAGAAAGCAUUCCAGACUAUAAUUCCUACCAAGGAAUCCAAGUUCCAUUUCAGCAGAAAGAAAUCAAAGAUCAGAGUCACUUGGCAGACAGUUUAAAAGAUUCUUUAAGCGAAGACGAGUCGCAGUGGAUGCAGAUCAUCCUGGAGGCCUUGAGGCAAGCUGAGAAAGAGUCCAAAGCAGCCGUGAAAGAAAACAAAGCCUACCCCUUAAGUUCAGACAAAAGCUUCCCCGUUGAAGUGAGCGAUGAUUAUGAGUCCCAGCCGUGGCCAGAGAGAAGGCACAGGCACAACAAACUCCCCCGCUUGUAUGAAGACAGCACUAACGCUAAGCGUACUAAUGAAAUAGUGGAAGAACAGUAUACUCCCCAAAGCCUGGCUACUUUAGAGUCGGUCUUCCAGGAGUUGGGGAAACUGACUGAACCCAACAGCCGCAAGCGCGAAAGGCUCGACGAGGAGCAGAAGCUGUAUGCGGAUGACGAAGACGACAUCUACAGAGUCAAUAAUAUUGCCUAUGAAGAUGUAGUGGGCGGAGAAGACUGGAACCCCAUAGAGGAGAAGGUGGAAAGUCAAACCCAAGAAGAGGUGCGGGACAGCAAAGAGGAAAUUGAGAAAAAUGAAGAGGAGGUAGAUGAUGAAAUGAAGCGUUCAGGGAAGCUAGGGUUACUGGAUGAAGAAAUUAGGAAGGAGAAUAAGGAGCAGCUCUCAGAUGAGGUCUCUCGGUUAAUGAAUUAUUAUUUGAAAAAAAUCAUGAAUGGGGUUGGAAAUGGGAGGCAAAGGAGUGGCCCAAAUGAGGAAAAGAGGGCCACAAAGGUUUUAGAAAAACGACUUGAUCCUCAGGCUAUAUAUGAUCUGAUUGAAAUCUCAAGGAAUUUACAGAUUCCACCUGAAGACUUGAUAGACAUGCUCAAAGUUGGAGAGAGGCCAAGGGAGCGAGUGGAGACGGAGCAGGACUCGGAACUCCCAGAUGACCCAGAUGAAACCCCGGAGGCCGACUUCGACCACCCGGAGGUGUUCCAGAGUAAGGUGAACUCCAAGAAUGGGUACCCAAAGCCACCCGCCAAUGCUGGUCCAGAUGCCCUUCCCGAAAACCUCAAUAUUGAAGACAUUCUAAAUAUUUUAGGGACGGAUAAUGUGGCCAAUCAGAAACCCACAUUCUUUGGAAAGCAGCUUAGUCGGGAAAAUGUUCUGCCACGGCUAACUUACGUGCCCGGAAGACCCAGAGGACACCAGGCCCCCAAGGUUCCCUGGCUAACUGAUCAAGAGAGGAGGCCCAUGGAAUACGAAAACGUGAAUGGGAAGGACGAAGAAUUAGGAGAUUAUUUAGCCAAGAUGUUGGCAAAAUACCCCGAAGUUAUGAAUUCCAACCAGAUGAAACGUGUCCCGGUGUCAGUUUCCUCUGAAGAUGAGCAACAGGAAGAAGACCAGAUUGAACAGGCCAUCAAGGACCACUUAAAUCAACUGGGUUCUCAAGAGUCAGAGAAACUCUCCUUGGCCAACAAAAGGCUUUCCCUGGCCCAGGAGAAUGAUGACACCCAAAACGGACUGUAUCUGGAUGAAGACAUGCUAAUGAAGGUUCUGGAAUACCUCAACCAAGAAAAAACAGAAAAGGGAAGAGGGCACAUGAAUAAGAGAGCUAUGGAAAAUAUGUGAGAUGCUUCAACCGACCGCCCACGUCCCGCGUAUUAUUUCUCUUCAGUGUGGUAUCUUCUCCCCUAUUUCAGUUGUAAUUACUCUAAGUGACGUACAGGCAGAUGGCGGCCUGACCCUGGAAAGUCUGCUUCACUUACUCUGAGCUGUUCUAUCAUUUAUGGAUAUGUGUAUAUGUUAUUACUCCUGUAUAAAAAUAAAUCAUGUCAGUUGUUUUAACAAAGAAGUUUGAUAUUAAUUAACGUGUCACAGAAUCCAAUGACCAUGACUUUGUUCAUGACCAUGUAAAAUGAAGAGCAUCUGGUAACUAUCUUUAAAGUUUUUUAAAUUGAAUUAUUUUGUUACUGUCUGUAGUGUUUUGUGAAGUAGUGGAGAAAAAUAAAGCAUUAUAUAUAUA